UACGCACGGCGGUUCCAUGGCACACAUGUGCAGGCAGAUCACCGGCAGCGCAGCGAGCUGUGCGGGCUGGGUCGGAAUCAUCGUCGCCACGGCCACCAACGACUGGGUCCGGACUUGCGACUACACGGUGGCCACCUGCGUCCGUAUGGACGAGCUGGGCUCCAGGGGACUCUGGGCAGAGUGCGUCAUUUCUCCGGCGCUUUAUCACUGUGUGGCCCUCAACCAGAUCCUCACCCUGCCAGCCUACGUCCAAACGUCUCGUGCCCUGAUGAUCUGCGCAUGUCUCUUCGGUCUCCCCGCGAUGCUGCUGGUGCUCAUGUCAAUGCCCUGCGUGCGGCUGCAGAACGACAACUCUGCCGUCAAGCAGCGACGCGCCCGGGUGGGAGGCAUCCUCUUCAUCAUCAUGGCUGUGUUUGGCAUCAUAUCGACUGUCUGGUUUCCCAUCGGUGUUCACCAAGAUGAGGGUCUGAUGUCAUUUGGCUUCUCUCUAUACGCCGGCUGGGUUGGAACUGCUCUCUGUCUCCUGGGCGGGUCAGUUAUCUUGUGUUGCUAUGGCACCGACCCUGGGACCCCGAGCAGGGACAACAGCUUCUACUACUCCAGGCAGGGGGGUACUGCCACGCCGCUGGAUCCCCCCGCCAACCACGCCAAGAGUGCACGAGUGUGAAGAAGAUGUGGUUGUCUGUCCCUUGUUUUAUAUGCAAUUUUUAGAUUUAGCUGAUCCAACUCAUAAGACGUGAGCAUGUUGGGGUUUAGUGCCUUGCACAAGGGCAGCAAGGAGCCAAUCAUAGCUACAGGAACUGAGGCACAAAUAAUCUCAUUGGUUGGUUGAAUUUUUGUCUUUAUGCAGAUUUUACAGUUUUACAUAAUUUUGAAAUAGCAAACUGUUGCUUGUAUGUGUUGAUGAGAUUCUGCCAUUUUAGAACUUGAGAUUUUACAGUGGCAAUAGACAAUUUUUUUUUUUUUGCUUUAACUUAUCAUUAUGAAGUAGAUGUUGAUUUCUCAAUGCUAUAGAAUAAUGACACCAUCAGUGUUUAGGUUGAUUCCCUUUAAGCCUCCCUGUUACAAUUCUGUCUGCCACUGGGUACAAUCUCCUGGGAAAAUAAUAAUGUUUUACAGCACAAUACUAAAUAAGUAAGAAACAAAACCUGCCUACUUAUUACUACUACUGGCUUUUUACUCUGCCUUUAUCAUAGCACUGAGGUCUGAGUAUCUAGUUUAAAUUGGGAAGCAAGAAAACAUAGAGCUCUGGGGAUAACGUCUUUCUGUAAGCUUAGGCAGAAGUUAGCAUUGCCCUGGUUACCUCCUCAAAGAGCCUAUGUGAUUUUUCCAUUAGAUUUUGGAUUAUUGCAGGAAAAAAAAUCUGUGCCAAACAAAUGUUUAUGAUAGUUACAUAUUUUGUUCAGCAAGUUAAUCUUUGCAAAUGAACACCUCUUUUAUAAUUUAAUAUAAGUCCAAAUGCAAUCAGCAGAAUUAAAAAGCUAACAUUAGGCUAUUAGUGAACUACACCAUGGUUGCACGACUAACAUCGCCACCACAAAAGGGCUGAAAAUCUGCGGUGUGAUGACAUUCUGUCAUCUCAUUCAGCCAAUUCUUAGCAACCACCUUUUUCAAGACACAUUAAAAGUCAAAACCCACAAGUGGGGUAUUUACUGACGAAUUUUAUG